UGUGUGUGUGUGUGUGUGUGUGUGUGUGUGUGUGUGUGUGUAUUGCAGCAGGGUAAUCACAGAGGAUUACAAGGUCCCCGACAGGAUGGUUGGCUUCAUCAUUGGAAGAGGAGGUGAGCAGAUCACCAGGAUCCAGUUGGAGUCUGGCUGCAAGAUCCAGAUUGCUGCUGACAGCGGAGGUCUGAUGGAGCGGCCAUGUUCCCUGACUGGAACUCCAGAGAGCAUCGAGCAGGCCAAGCGUCUGCUGAUCCAGAUUGUGGAUCGCUGCAGAAACGGUCCGGGUUUCCACGGCGAAGGUGAAGGCGGAGCCUCCGUGCAGGAGAUGCUGAUCCCAGCCAGUAAGGUGGGGCUGGUGAUUGGAAGAGGAGGAGACACCAUCAAACAGCUACAGGAGCGAGCGGGCGUGAAGAUGAUGAUGAUCCAGGACGGUCCGAUGCCGACAGGAGCCGACAAACCUCUCCGCAUCUCUGGAGACCCGUACAAAGUGCAGGUAAAAAACACACAAGAACAAAUGGUACAAACAUAAACAGUUUGAGAUGUUGGAUGAAGAGAUACGGGCUCCUACUGUGGUCCAGGUACACGUAUCUCUUAACAAAAACUGUACCAGCUGCUAACGCUAACCUCUGAGCUACAAAACCUACACUCUUUAUACCGACUGAAAGCCUUCCUACACACCUAGAACCUUUAAUCUGAG